AUGACAACAAUUUUAAUAGCAACAGUUCCCACAGUGUGUAAUCGAGCAAGAACUCAAAGCAAAACAACCAUUAAAAGACAAUCUUUCUACCUAUUUCAACCCUCACAAAUGACCUCAACGAUAACUCCAGCAGAACUAGACAUUUUAAUCAACAAAGCAACAAAUGAGUCAAUACCAAAUGGUGACCUCGACCUCCCCACUUCGUUUGAAAUUUCAGACAUCAUAAGGUCCAAAAGGAUACCACCUAAAGAUGCAAUGAGGUGUCUACAAAAAAGGAUUGCUAAUACUUACAUGAACCCCAAUACUCAACUCUCCACUUGGAGGUUAGUUGAAGUAUGUAUAAAGAAUGGUGGGACGCCCUUUAUUGUUGAGGUCUGUUCUAGAGAAUUCAUGAACACUUUUGAGAAGACAAUUUUACAAAACGAAGAUACUGAUGAGAGUGAUGAUGAACUUGGUACGUUGGUAAAGACUUUAUUUAUGGAAUUAUAUGGCACUUUUAAGAAUGACUCUCAACUCGGGUAUGUGGCUAAAGUUCAUGAUAAGUUGAAGAAUAGGAACGUGGAUUUACCAAAGGUUGUGUUGGGUAAUGGCAUAGGGAAUGCAAUGUUUGAUUCCAAGACUCCAGCUGAUUGGAUCGAAUCUGAUACGUGUAUGGUUUGUUCUAAGAAAUUUUCAUUAUUGAAUAGGCGACAUCAUUGUAGAUCGUGUGGUGGAAUAUUUUGUCAAGAACAUUCCUCUCACAACAUUGAGUUGCCCGAUUUAGGUAUCUAUGAACCUGUAAGAGUUUGUGAUAAUUGUUUUGAUGACUAUGAUAUUAAAAAGAGUAAACCUAGUAGUAAAAAAAAGAAGAAAGAUAAAUCAAAACAUCGUCACAAUAAUAAGCAUCCGAAACAUCAAAAUGUUGCCGAUGAAGAAGAUGAACAAUUAAAACGAGCUAUUGAAUUAUCACUGAAAGAAGCAAGAAAUUCAACUGAGCCAAUCGUACCUGUAGUAACACAUACAACCGAAGAACCCAUCUUGACUGAGGAAGAAGAAAAUGAUCCAGAUCUGAAAGCGGCUAUUGAAGCAAGUUUAAGAGAAUCUCAAGAAGCGGAGCAAAGACGUAAUGAAAUGAAUCAGAGUGCCUACAAUACACACCAAGAACGUCAAUAUGCGCAGCAGCAACAACAGCAGCAACAACAUUCGUUUGAUUUGAAUAAUGCAGAAAAGGAAGAUAUUUAUUUGUUCGCUACUCUUGUGGAGAAAGCCAAGAAUAAUCCAAAUUCUGCCAUAGACAUCUUAGAAGAUACAAGACUACAAAAGUUGUAUCAAAAAAUUAUGUCAACAAAACCAAAAUUAAACAACGCAUUAAAUGAUAAGAUUAAUAAAUAUAAUGCACUGAUAGAUAUGAACAGUAAAAUUUCCAGUAUAAUGAAUAUCUAUGAUUCACUUUUAGAACAACAAUUGAGAAAUAUAAACUUGUCUCAACAAUACUCAGUCGCUCAGGAGCCUUCGGAUCCAUACGCAAUGUAUACCCAACAACAACAGGAACCUCCAUUAAUACGAACAGAUCCCACAGUUGCAACAACAAAACCAAUCAUUGAAUCAUAUAAUAAUUACUAUCAAACGGCGUCACCAGCUAUCCAAAACCCAGCUCACUAUCAACCAUCCCAGCAAGUAGAACAUCAACCUCCAUCAAGAGUACAGGAAGAACAAGCAAAAUUUCAAUACAAUAAUGAAACAAACAUAUCAUUAGAACCAUCUGAACCACCGUAUCCUGAAGAUGAAAUGACAUCAAAACCAAGUGGAAAUGAAGUCAUUACAAGUAUUGAAACGAUUAGUAAUCCAUUACCGUAUUCUUCAGAAGUAGUCUCUGAUGAGAAAUCAUUAAAUAAGGAAAACACAUCUACUUCUGUAACACCUAAUAAGGUCAUAACAGAAGAAAAAGCGAACGUACCAACUCUUGAAGAAAAAACUACAAAAAACGACGCAAUAACGAAUUACGACUUCCCAACUGUACCAGCACGUAAAUUACCAUACCCUGAGACUGGAACAGAAACAGCAAAUAAAACUGAAUAUCAAGCUUCACAAGAUGUAGAAGAAGAACAUGAAGAAGAACCUAAAGAGGAAGAGUUGUUAAUUGAACUUUAG